UCGCGGUUAAGGUCAGAAGCUCAGGAAGCCGCUCCGGCUGCGAGGAGAGGCCGCCUCCCGCAGCCUCUGCGCGCCUUGGGCUCCUCCUUCCGCCCAAGCGUGGCCAAGUGAGGACUGCUCCGGCCGCAGGUAGCCGAGGCGCGGGAGGCGGCGCGCUGGACCCAGAGGAGCGCCCGGGGAGGGGCCGACGGACACGCGGACAGACGGAUCCCCCAACCCCCGCCCGGGACAUUAGCAACGGUCUGCGCGGGCCAUGUGGGGGCCCGGGGUCACAGCCGAGGGCCUGUCGGUGGCGCCCGCACCGCCGCCGCUGCUGCCGCUGCUGCUACUGCUGACGCUGGCGCUCGUGGCGCCCUCGCGGGGCGGCGGGGGCUGCGCGGACCUGGCGUGUGGCGAGCGGGAGCGCUGCUGCGACGCGGCCAACGCCACAGCGGUGCGCUGCUGCAAGCUGCCGCUGCACGCCUUCCUCGACAACGUGGGCUGGUUCGUCCGCAAGCUCUCGGGGCUGCUUAUCCUCCUAGUGCUCUUCGCCAUCGGCUACUUCCUGCAGCGCAUCAUCUGCCCCAGCCCACGCAGGUACCCGCGCGGUCAGGCGCGGCCCGGGCAAGCACGACCCGGGCCGCCGGGGGGCGCGGGGCCGCCGGGGGCCGCGGGGCCGCCCGACGACGACGACGACUCGCCCGCGCUAAUGCGCGACGAGGCGGCUGCCGGCUCCCAGGACUCACUGCUGGACAGUGGAGGCGGGGGCCGGGGAGGCGGAGGGCGCUCGGCCCCCUCCUGCGCUUCCGAGCACGAGCUUCGCGUAGUCUCGCCGGUCUUCCUGCAGCUGCCCAGCUACGAGGAGGUCAAGUACCUGCCCACCUACGAGGAGUCCAUGCGGCUGCAGCAGCUCAGCCCCGGGGAGGUCGUGCUGCCCGUGUCGGUGCUUGGCCGCCCACGAGGCGGCGGCGCCGGGGAGUCAGACGGCGGGGAGGGCCGCUUCCCGCUCAUCUGAGCGUCUACCGCCGCUCGAGGACCGCGCGGACAGAACGGGGCUAGGAAACGUUAGGCGCGCGCGGCGGGGGCCACAGCAGCGGACAACCCAGGAGCGCAACUUCGAAGACCGUCCCUACCCUCAGCCUCUGCUCAGACUGUGUUCACUCGAAUGACUCUGGAACCAUGUGAAGAGCUGCAGGAUUCGAUCAUCACUUGAACGGUGCCCUGUGAACAGCUCUCAACUGACUAACAAAUAGCUGCUCGGCUGAUAGACGGCAGUUUCAUCAUGAACACACAACAUUCUGUUUGGAAGGCCACCACUCUGACUAAAAACGUGGUCCCUGGGCCAAGGCUGCAACUAUAUUGCUGGAAGCAGGAAUGAUUCCUAAGCAACAAAUUGUUUAAAAAUAUUUAUAUCAGAAUUCCCAAGGGCCUGACGGGACAGGUCAGAACAUUCCGUUUUAUUCCAUCUCCAAGGAGCAGCACUCCCACAUAG